AUGGCCUCUUCAACUACGACACCUUACCUGGACACAGCUCCCCUCCUCCUCGACACCUUCUCCCCAACAACCCACGCCAACACCCUAAUCCACCAAACCAACAACCCUUCCGACACACCCCUCGACCUCUCCACACCUCUCCAAAAAAUCCUCUUCGAUGCGCAAGAAAUCGACACUUUAAUCGAUACACUCACCACAACUUCCGCAUUGCCAAUCAUCUCACACACCCAAGAACAGAAUUCCUCCGCCAAGAAAGUAUUGGAGAAUGUGGAAGAGCGAUUGGAGGGGUUGAAUGAUGUAUACUCGAGAUUGGAGAGGGAAGUUGGGGAGAGGUAUGCGGUUGCCGAACAAGUGAGAGUUGUGGCCGAGAGGAUGAGUCGAACUGUGAGGUUAGGGAGAUCGGUACAGAGGGUUGUGGGAUUGGGGAGACAAUUGGAAGGGGAUAUUAAAGGUAGAGAUGGGGAUGGGGGAGUCAAAGCCGCGGAGACGGUGCUGGAGAUUCGAGGGACGUUUGAGAGCAUGAAGGAUCUGGAACGAGUUCAUGUCGCGAGGGAUUUGAAGAGGGAUAUUGUGGUUCCUGCUGAGAGAGGGUUGAUUCAGAGGGCGCAGAUGGGUGUCAGGGAAUUCCAGCCUUGGGAUAGGACUUUUGCUCAGGGGGAGGAGAUGAAGGGGAGGGUUGGAGGAUGCUUGAAGACGCUGUAUCUUUUGUCUCCUUGUGUGGAUCCGGAGAGGUUUGRGCCGAGUUUGGUGGUUCAGGCCUUGCAGGCUUAUUUGCAGACUUCACUAUCGGCUUCGUUGGCUGCGCUGGCGAGGGGGUUGGCGGCGCUUCCGACGCUGGAUAGGGCGCUGCAGGAGACUUCGGGGAGGUGUGGGAAUGUCAUUGCAUUGGAGGGGGUGUUGGAGAAUACGAAACUUCCUUUUCAUCCUCUUUUGGGCGAGAAGCAGAGUUCCGACGCGAAUCUGUUGCAGAUUUUGUUACGAGCUAUGGAUGAGGAGGGAAGUUCAUUGGCGAGUUUCUUCUGGAGGAGUCUGGCUGGAGGGCUGGAAGGGAAGGUCAAGGAUAUUCUACUAAAGGGUGGUGUCAGUGCCAGAACGUUGAGGAGUUCGAGGGAGAAGUUGAGGGAGAGUGUUAGAGAGUGCGUGGAGAGGGGAUACAAAGGUGGGAGGGAUUUGGGGAAGAAGGCUGCCAGAGGUUGGGAGAGGGAGGCGGCUGUUAUGGUUGGGAGUGUUAUUGGACCUUUGGGGAGGUGA